GGAGCCGCUCGUUACAGUCAAUUUUAGGGAAUGGGUUUUAGAGCGCGAGGAGCAGCAGCGCGCACGGCGCGCGCGUGCGGAGCCUACGACAUUUAAACGGCGCGUGGUGUUCACGCGACACCGCGUUUAUUUUCACUGAGGCGAGAGAAGAAAAAAAUCUGUGUCUCCCUGUGUCGCGUGCUGCUGCUGCUGUUACUGCUGCGCGUGCGCGUGCGUGUAUUUACAUAUAUAUGUAUGCAGUGUGCUGUGCGCGUGCACCGGCAGAUUGAAACGCGCGAGACAGCGGCAGGAAACAGAGGAGAGAGCGGAGCUAACAGGACAACACAGACAUGGUUCAGUCCACCGUCACGGUCCUGGUCCUGGUCCACGUCCUGGUUCUACUGGGUCCACAACAGACCAACGUCCACGGCACAAAGACAGAAUGUGAGGCCAGUCAGUUUCAGUGUGGAAACGGUCGCUGCAUCCCGUCAGUGUGGCAGUGUGACGGAGACGAGGACUGCAGCGACGGCAGUGACGAGAGCUCCUGUGUGAAGAAGACAUGUGCAGAGCUGGACUUUGUGUGUCACAACGGUCAGUGUGUACCAAAGAGGUGGCAGUGUGAUGGAGAGCCCGACUGUGAGGACGGCUCCGACGAGAGUCCACAGAUCUGCCACAUGAGGACGUGUCGUGUCAACGAGUUCAGCUGUGGAGCCGGAACCACUCAGUGUAUCCCUGUGUUCUGGAAAUGUGACGGAGAGAAGGACUGUGACAGCGGAGAGGACGAGUUCAACUGUGGUAACAUCACGUGUGCUCCUCAUGAGUUCACGUGCUCGAGCGGUCGCUGCAUCUCUCGUAACUUUGUGUGUAACGGUGAGGACGACUGUGGAGACGCGUCAGACGAGGUGGACUGUUCUCCGUCCUCCUGUGGUCCCAGUCAGUUCCGCUGUGGAAACUCCACCUCGUGUAUUCCUGUCAGCUGGGUCUGUGACGACGACGUCGACUGUCAGGACCAGUCAGACGAGUCUCCGUCUCGCUGUGGUCGUCCCCCGACUCCUCCCACCAAGUGUUCGUCCACUGAGAUGCAGUGUCGCUCUGGAGAAUGUAUCCACAGGAAGUGGAGAUGUGACGGAGAUCCUGACUGUAGAGACGGCAGCGACGAGACCAACUGUCCGACUCGCACCUGUGGACCUGAACAGUUCAAGUGUGACGAUGGAAAGUGUAUCGUGGGCAGCAGACAGUGCAACAGUGUCAGAGACUGUGCUGAUGGAUCUGAUGAAGUCAACUGUAAAAACAUGACUCAGUGUCAUGGACCGGACAAGUUUAAGUGUCGCAGUGGAGAGUGUAUCGAGAUGAACAAAGUGUGUAACAAAGUCAGAGACUGUCCUGACUGGAGCGAUGAGCCCAUCAACGAGUGCAAUGUGAACGAGUGUCUGCUGAACAAUGGCGGCUGCUCUCACAUCUGUAAGGACAUGGUGAUCAGCUUCGUGUGCGACUGCACGCCAGGACUUCAGCUCAUCGACCACAAGACCUGCGGAGACAUAAACGAGUGUCUGAACCCGGGCAUCUGCAGUCAGAUCUGCAUAAACCUGAAAGGAGGCUACAAGUGUGAGUGUCACAACGGUUACCAGAUGGAUCCGACCACAGGAGUGUGUAAGGCUGUCGGUAAAGAACCGUGUCUGAUCUUCACCAACCGUCGCGACAUCCGUCGCCUGGGUCUGGAGAGGAAGGAGUACACACAGAUCGUGGAGCAGCAGAGGAACGCCGUGGCUCUGGACGCAGACUUUGACCAGCAGAUGAUCUUCUGGGCCGACCUGACUCAGAGGACCAUUUAUAGUACGGUCCUGGACAAACGAGGAGACGUCGGCGCUCACAAAAAAGUGAUGGACAACGUCCAGACUCCGGUGGGUGUGGCCGUGGACUGGAUCUAUAAGAACCUGUACUGGUCUGACCUCGGGACCAAAACCAUCUCCGUAACCAACUUUAACGGAACCAAACAGAAGGUUCUGUUCAACAGAGGCCUCAAAGAACCGGCGUCCAUCGCUGUGGACCCACUGUCAGGGUUUGUGUACUGGUCAGAUUGGGGAGAACCUGCUAAGAUCGAGAAAGCUGGUAUGAACGGAGUGGACAGACAAGUCCUGGUGGCCACGGACAUUCAGUGGCCUAAUGGAAUCACUCUGGACCUGAUCAAAGGCCGCUUGUACUGGGUUGACUCUAAGCUUCACAUGUUGUGCAGCGUUGAUCUGAAUGGAGACAACAGGAAGAAAGUUCUGCAGUCGUCAGAUUAUCUCGCUCAUCCCUUUGCUCUCACUGUGUUUGAGGACCGAGUGUUCUGGACAGACGGUGAGACCAAAGCGAUCUUUGGUGCAAACAAGUUCUCCGGAGCAGACGUCGUGACUCUGGCGAGUAAACUCAACGACCCUCAGGAUAUCAUCGUCUAUCACGAGCUCAUCCAGCUGUCGGGAACUAACUGGUGCUCAGAGAAAGGAGAAAAUGGCGGCUGCAGCUACAUGUGUCUGCCGGCGCCGCAGAUCAACAAACACUCGCCCAAAUACACGUGUGUGUGCCCAGAGGGACAGGAAGUGGCCGACGACGGCCUACGCUGCAGACCCGACAUGCCCACCACAGCUCCCUCAAAGGAUGAUGGGAAAUCUCUAAAUUCUCCGCCCACAGAAGCAAACGUGAGCUCGUCAAUCCAGUUCAACUCCACGUCCAGAGGUUCUGCUGCGGCGGCCUGGGCCGUCCUCCCCGUCUUGUUGCUGGCCCUGGCAGCAUCGGGUGGUUUCCUCAUGUGGAGAAACUGGCAGCUGAAGAACCAGAAGAGCAUGAACUUUGAUAACCCCGUGUACCUGAAGACGACCGAGGACGACCUGAACAUCGACAUCACGCGACACGGAGCCAAUGUGGGCCACACCUACCCCGCGAUCUCGAUCGUGAGCACAGAAGAUGAUCUGUCCUGAUUUUUUUUUUUCUGCGGCCUUGUGACGCUGCGUGGUGCCUCCUCGUUUCCAUGGCGACGGUUGUCGUCAGCAGCAGCAGACGACGCCUCCUGAAGUGCUUUACGUGAGCUUGAGCCGAGGACGACGCCCACAACGUUAUUUAACAUCGUUUUUGUGUCACAGCCGUUUUUCACUCAUUUCGUUUUUACUUUUCUUCUUUAUUUUUGGACCGCAGACGACUUCCUGUCUGCUCUCUGACACCACCAUGGCGGGAAACCUGAGGGUCAAGGUCAUUAAGGAAAGGAGGCGUUCCUGGAGAUAAAAAAACAAACGUGGUCCAAAUUUUUUUCCCGCCUCCCGAAUUUU